GGAGGGAGCUUCAGGCAGAGAGACUGGAUCAGCGUUUGAACACUGCAGUCUUUCUUUUGCUUCUGUGAAGAAACUGUCCCUCUUUCCACUGCCUGUCUCGCUGCUCGGCCAUGACCUCGCUGGACGUCUUGAUCUCCAUGCACACCUAGAGAGGAGGAGACACACGCUCUGUAGCGCAAGAGGGAGGGACCAGAAGACGGGACACUUUGCCUUACGAAUGAGUGUCUGGAAAUUAAUUAAGCAUCAUCACCACUGAGGGACACGUUGUGAGGCGCAAGAAGAAAAUAUGAGGGAGUUGAAGAAGGCGGCUUGAUGCGCGGUUUGUGUGGGCAGUGAAGCGAGAGUAGGAGUAACCAUUAGACACUUUCCGGGUAGAAUUGGCAAGUUAGGGCAGUUGUGAUUUGAAUUCACAAAGAUUAGUUUGCUCAUGGUCAUUAUCCAUCUUUUUUUGCUUGUAAUGUUCCAUUUGGACUCACACCCACAUCCUUCUCUUCUCACUGCAUGUCAGCAAAAUCACAUCUCACACAUGCACAGUGCUGAGCUCGGAGACACAGCGCGAGCGCACGUUUGAGAAGUUGCAGCGGGAACCCGAGCAGCAACUUCUCAUGAGACCCGGUAGGACAUUUCUGUAUUAUCUCGACUGCCCAAACCAGCUGGGCUUGAGAGGAUGGGGAAUAUCAAAGCCCUCCAAUCAUCUGUCUGAUUAAAGUGAACCGUGAUGAACCUGCUAACCAUUUUAUCUGCCAGGGCUUGACGCCUGCGUCUGGGGGAUUAGAGGGGCGAAACAGGGAUGGUCAGAUGUGUGUGCUUGGAUUAUGUUCUAAACACACAAGAAUUACACAGGUGUUGCAGCAGGAUUAUGCAAACUCUCCUACUGCAUGCAGUGACAUUAUAGGCUUUAGGAAUCAGGUGAAUGACAAGAGUAUUAUCUCUAACAGAUUAAGUCUUAUCAAACUUUGACUCUUGGUAUAUAAUUUAAUCAUCUGCUCUAGGAUAUCAAGUGCUCAGAUUGACUUUUGAGGUAAACUGAGGAUAGGUGAAAAAACUAACAACAUCACCACUCAAUGACUUUGGCUCCCUCAUUGUGAACUUUGUCCGCACAGUGUCAAAUUGCGCAUUUUCAGCGAAAAACGUAUUAUUUGUACUAUGAGACGCUCAAGCACGGACGAGACGCCGUACCGGCGCAGUCCGUCUCUGGACAGCAAACCUGACACACCAACAUUCACCUCUGGCUUCCAUCGCUUCAGUGGGGAGUUUGAGUACAAGCGGCCACCGUUUGCGUUUGGUUUCACCACCACAAAGGGGCCGCAGACAACCAAGGGCCGUUGCGCUCAGGGAAAGAAGUAUGUGGUGUUUUAUCUGGACCUCUCCUUCAUAUUCCUCCUAGAACUGCGACGCUGCAGGAUGGCUGAAGGUUGUAUGAUGGCCCUUCGUUACGGGAUGGUCUUCUUCAAUCUCCUGUUCUGGCUGGGAGGAUGUGGCAUACUUGGGGUGGGGGUGUGGCUCUCAGUGACCCAGGGCAACUUUGCCACCUUGUCGGCAUCCCUUCCGUCCUUGUCGGCAGCCAACCUGCUCAUCGCACUGGGAACCAUCAUCAUGGUGAUCGGCUGCCUGGGCUGUGUGGGGGCCAUCAAAGAAAGUCGUCCUCUUCUGCUUGCAUUUUUCAUCCUUCUUCUGCUCAUCUUCUUCCUGGAGAUCCUGUUCAUCAUGCUCUUCUUCAUCUACCAAGACAAGAUCGACCACUACGCCCAGAGGGAUUUGAAAAAGGGUCUGCAGCUUUUUGGCACAGAGGGCAACGUGGGUCUGACCAACGCCUGGAUGAUAGUUCAAACUGAUUUCCGCUGCUGCGGAGUGACCAACCACACGGACUGGUUCGAAGUCUACAAUGCUUCCCGUGUGCCUGACUCCUGCUGCCUGGAGUACAGCGACAACUGCGGCCUGGACAACCCGGGAACAUGGUGGACAGCGCCAUGCUACGAGCGGGUGAAGGACUGGCUUAAUGAGAACCUGGUGGCCCUUUGGAUCUUUGCUCUAUGCACAGCACUUACUCAGAUCCUGGGCCUGGUGUUCUCUAUGACGAUGUUCUGCCAGGCAGUCAAAGUAGAAACCUACUACGCUUAACGCUCAACCCUGACGUCCUUGAGCACAUCUGCAAUGUCCCUGCACUUAAGAGGGACGGAUGCAGCUCCCCUCCUCCUGACGCAUACUCUUUACUCUUUCUGACCUUUCCCCUCUGGUGACAUUUCCCACUUCACAGCUGAUCUGCUCACUUACAAACAAGCACAGUGUCAGUGUAAUACGUUUCCUAUGAUUUGCUAUGUGUCAAAUAUUAAUUUCUGUGAUGCAUUUUACCAAGCAGUAUAAUGAACAUGUGUUAUGCAGUAAUGUAUUUGUUUUAAAUUAUGUUGUGUUUUUAUGUGUUUUCAAAAGGAGAGGCUCAGUUAGGAAAGGGCCCAGUUGAAGUGCUGCAAGUGCAUGUCCCCUGCGAUGGUGUGUAUUAAAUGUUUUGAUCUA